AUCCCCCUUCCCCAACUCGUUUCCUCUUCCCAAGUCCUCUUCCUCGCACUCUCGAUCACGUCAAGGGAUCCGACUCUCUGUUUCGCCAGCAGAGCAGGUGCGGGUGCAGGACCGAGACUAGACCUGGAAGAUUCAUCAUGUUGUGAGAUGGACGUAGUCCACGGAAAGAACGACGCUCCCAUGCACUCCCUCAGGCAAGAUCUCUUCUUCCAUGGCAGAGACGUCCCUUCCUCCUGGAGCCCUCAUCCACCCAAGACUGUGCAGGCUGUCAUCACGGUCAAAGGCAGCCUCAAGCUCAAGAACGCCAAGGAGGGGCAGAGGAGAGCGGUGCUCGUUGAAGGAGGGGGAGGACUGCUGCUGGGAAACAUCGUGGAGGCCGCGAGGAAGGCGAGGGUAGCAGGGCGGAGCUUUGAGGCGAGCGGAUGGCUUGCGGAUCAUGUGGAGGAGGUACUACCGGCUGAUUGAAAUAUGUGGUGAUGCCUGCAUGUUUGAGCUAGGGAGACGUAGACAAAAGUUCAAGUACAAAGUUGAUGCCGAUUUAUCAUAAAAGAUCGACUAUUGUG